AUGGCAUCCCAACAGCCCCAAGGGGCCAUUGUCCCAAAGAUUCAACUUCAUUCGCCCGCUGUGGACUUUAUCGAGAACCACUUGGCAAAAAAUGAUGAGGCUUUCAAUUACCCAUACGCCAAAUUUGAUCCAAAACGUGAUAGGUUCAUUGACGACACAUUGCCUCUCACCCAUGUGAUACAACCACCCCGACCGCAAACACCACAGGUGGAGUCGAUGAGAUUUUGGACCGACAUCUUGCCAAGCGCAAUGAGCCGACUUUCAGAGAUACCAGAACCAGAAGGACGCAGUAAGUCUGGCUACAGUAUCAGAAACCUCUUGGAUUGGAUCCAUGUAAAAGAAAAGCUAGAGCUGGCAAGGGAAUGUUACGAAUUUGAAAGCAAAGGAAAUGAUGCUAGCCCUGGCAUUAGGAAUAGAGCAAGAAAAGUGGUUAGAAAGAUGGUCGAUCGGAGUGUAGUCCCUCUGCAACAAGCGGCACAAUUUGUUCCAGACGUCGAUAUUGCCUCUCCGAUCGUGGGGGCCGUGAAGGUGCUUCUUGCUGCCUAUCGAAAUGCAGCAGAAGUCCGUGGGGAAAUCAGCACUGGAUUUGACGAUAUGGGCGACGGAUUUGCUACUAUCGACUUUUAUGUGACAGUGUUCCCCAAUGACCAAAACAUCAUUAAAGCAGCAGAAAAGGUUGUACUCGCUGUGUUAAAAGCAGUUGAGCAAGCUAUAGGGUUCUUUACCAGUCAUCAGAUUACACGUGCUGGAUCUGCGGUCCUUAAAGGUACAGAAUAUCAAAGGGAACUCAGGGAUAGGCUUUGCGAAGUCAAAAAUUGCAUCAACGAACUAGAUAUACAAGGAGAAAGAUCGCACAAGUAUCAGAAUGAUCUCGCUAACCAACAGAACCAAGAAGAACAUAAGAUAACACAAAAUUUUCUCCGCCUCGAUGUUCGCAACCAGUUUUAUUUUUUCUUGAAAAUCUCCGAGCAGCUCCAUGAUAUCAAGCGACAAAAUGAGGUUAUAAUCUCAUUCCAGUCGCGCAGCUGCAGCCCCCAGCCAGUGCUACCUCAAAUUGAAACUCUAGAUGAAGUAUGGGAAGCGCUUCAAAUACCAGAUAUUGACCAUAUUGACCUUAACUAUAUCACGAAGAAAGCUGGAAGUUUACCUUUUGAGGACAGGGGCCGGGCUGAGCAGGUGGUGGAUACUAGACAGUUCAAGCAGUGGAUGCUUUCCGAUAAACACUGGAUAUACUCAGGCAACCAAUGGGUUCGUCUCAGUCAGAACAAUGAUGUCUCAGGACGAACAAUGAAGCUCCUAGUACACGGAGACUACGAUUCAAACGAUAACAUCUCUCCGUUCUCCGUCCUCUGCGCAUCUCUCAUGGGAAUCCUACGCAGCCAGAAAAACUUCAUCAGUCUAGUAUUCUUCUGCGGGCGUCAUCUUGAUGGUGACGAAAGCCCAGGAUCUUUGGCUAUGAUCCGUAGUCUAGUUGGCCAGCUCUUACAGCAAAGCCCUUCCUACCCAAGUGGGUUAGCACAGCAUGUUUCUAUGCAGGAUGUAAGAGGAGGAGACGUUCAGGAGCUGUGCAAACUAUUUGGCUGCCUUAUCAGACAACUACCUUCGACGGUCACAGUUUUCUGUGUGAUAGACGGUAUAGGGUUCUAUGAGAGAGAACAGUACAAGGACGAUAUGGAGGAGAUAUUAGUCUUUAUACUGAGCCUAGCUGAAGACGAAGAGCAGGGCGUCGAUACGGCAAUCAAGUUGUUCUUGACAAGCCCGCAGCCUACUCGAUAUGUGCGGGCCGUUUUUCAAGAAGGGGUAUCUUUAUUAAACAUGGCGGCCGUUCCAGAUGUUGCGCAGGGCCCCAGCUCGGUGCGUUUCAACAGACAGAUCAGCAAUGUAAUAUGA